AUGUGGCAACUACGUGAGACUUUUAGAUUUCGACAAUUACGCUUUUCUUUAUGCAUAACAGCAUUAUGCACAUGGCAAGGGCAAUUCUGUGAAAUUGACUACUGCCUCAUCGAUUUCGGAGUUUUUGAAUGUAUUGUGAAGAGGAAAAGAUCGUUCAGAAUAUCGAUUUCUCCGAGAGCGCAUCCUUGUCCGGGACGAGUUGAAGUACCCUGUGGUCGCCUAAAUUUUGAAGCUCACUUUAAACGCCUGGCAUCGAAGAUGCAGACAGCGUCGGCAACCCUAGAACGCUUCCUUCCCAAUAUAGGACAACCGAGCGAAAAGGUUAGACACCUCUAUCACGGAUAUGCUAAGAUCAACGGCACUGUACGGGGCGCCGAUCUGGGCAAGCAGCAUCGCGACGGGCGGCGACAAAAUCCUCCGCCGGGUGCAACGCCAGAUGACCAUAAGAACAAUCCGUGUUUAAUAAAUACUUUUCCACGUGCUGGCCGAGACAGAUUCAGAAUUCUACCACUGGUAAGGAUACGCCAGAGUAGCGCAGUGGUAACCACUAAGAUGGCGACUGCGCAGAAAAGAGAACAAACACAGCGAUGGGCGCAAGAAACGUGGAACUGGGACCUCUAA